ACUUGUCCUGCGCCCUACAUAACCACUUGCCGCAGUUUUAACUUACACGCCACAAUAUCCAGCUGUGAAAUUUACUAUUAUUAAUGCUAUUCAUUUCUCUGGCUUUGCAAGAUAUUCAUGCUCUGGUCGGGGUACUUAAGAAUUUAGGGAUGUGACAUGAAUCACACUCUGAAGUUUUGGAGACUGUCACCCCACAGGCUGCUGGGGACAGAGCUGGUCUCAUCCUCCAUCAAACCUUUGUGAAGUUUAAUUCAACAUAGACCGUAGCAACGCUGCUUUGGUGGAAAAUGUACUAUACAAGAAGGAAGCGACUGCAGCUGAGCCGAGUCCUUUUUCUCCUCUCUGGGGUUUUCCUCUGUACCCUCUACCAGCUGACCAUCAGUGUCCGGCUUCACGAGUCUAUGCCGCUGCUUCAGAUGAGAGUGGAUCCUGUCGAAGGGUCAACAGACGAGGGCGACGAUCCUACAGUAGCCACUCAAGCGCUGCAAAAACCUCUGAGUGAUACUUCUGAAUUAAUCCCCACAAAUCAAACAAAUGAGAUGAGAACACAAACAACCUCUCAUUUUAAAGCAUCCACACCCACCAAAUCUCCACUGAAGCCAACUACAAACCAGACUGGGAACUGCAUCUUUUUUUCUCCUGAGCCUCUGACACCGUCACCAGCUCCUGCUCCUCCUGUAACUACCACCACUCCAGCAUCUCCUGGUGAAGACCAGCAUGUGAAGGGUGAAUACCCCGAAGACAUCUUUUCUGUUGAUGAACGCAGACAGGGCUGGGUGAUCCUCCACAUCAUCGGGAUGAUGUACAUGUUUGUGUCGCUCGCGAUAGUUUGCGAUGAGUUCUUUGUUCCCGCUCUGGGUGUAAUCACAGACAAGUUAGCCAUCUCUGAUGACGUGGCAGGAGCCACCUUCAUGGCUGCCGGAGGCUCUGCUCCUGAGCUUUUUACCUCUCUGAUAGGAGUCUUCAUCGCCCACAGCAACGUGGGGAUCGGCACAAUAGUCGGCUCCGCUGUUUUCAACAUUUUGUUUGUGAUUGGAACGUGUGCUUUGUUUUCUCGGGAGGUGCUUCAUUUGACCUGGUGGCCUCUUUUUAGGGACGUGUCCUUCUACAUUUUGGGCCUCAUCUUACUCAUAGUUUUCUUCCUGGAUAAUGUCAUAAUGUGGUGGGAGAGCAUGAUGCUGGUGGCUGGGUACACAUGCUAUGUAAUUUUUAUGAAGUUCAACGUUCAAAUAGAGAGCGUCUUCAAGACCCAAAUCCACAAGCACAAGAGCAUUGUCAGAGUUAUUGCUGUGGAGGAACCGGAAAAGACAAAUGGAGAUGGUGAAGUUAAUGCCCCACCUGCUCCAGAGGACAAGAAUUGGUUAAAGUUGAAGCCGUCCCUUCAGCGAGGGGGGAGUUCAGCUUCUUUACACAACAGCACCAUGAGGAACACCAUCUUCCAACUCAUGAUCCACACGUUGGACCCUCUGGGAGAUGGGAAAUUUAAGGACAAGGCUGAGACUCUGAAUACUGUGGCUAGUCGGAAGGCAGAGAGAAAAACCCAAGCCAGAAGUGAAGAUGGUGAAGGACCAACCAGACAGACCAAAGAGCCAGAGGCUGCGACAGCCUCAGAGAAAGAGACUCAGGAACAGCCGCAGGACAAGCAGGUGCUCUCCGUCUAUGACUCCUGGGCUCUGAAAAAGCCCAGAAGUCAGUCUUUGACACCUGUCUAUGACGACGUGCCUGCAGGAGAGGGAGGAUCCGAAGGCUCCGAGGGCUCGGACCCUGACGGCGCCGACAGCGACGACAGCAGCGUCGAGGACAGCAGCGAGUCCAGCGAAGGCCAAGAUGAUGAAGAGGAGGAUGAUGAAGAGGAGCAGAAAGGAGACGAGCCUCUGUCUCUAGAGUGGCCCGACACGCGGCGCAAACAGGCCACGUACCUCCUCCUGCUGCCCAUCGUUUUCCCUCUGUGGCUCACAGUCCCUGAUGUUCGGAGGCAGAAAUCCAGAAAAUUCUUUGCGGUCACAUUUUUGGGCUCCAUCAUGUGGAUCGGCAUCUUCUCCUACCUCAUGGUGUGGUGGGCCCAUCAGGUCGGUGAGACCAUCGGCAUCUCAGAGGAGAUCAUGGGUCUGACCAUCCUCGCCGCAGGCACGUCCAUUCCCGACCUCAUCACCAGUGUGAUCGUGGCGCGUAAAGGCCUGGGGGACAUGGCCGUGUCCAGCUCCGUGGGCAGCAACAUCUUUGACAUCACCGUAGGCCUGCCGGUCCCGUGGCUCCUGUACUCGUCCACCCACGGCCUGGCCCCAGUGGCUGUCAGCAGCAACGGGCUCUUCUGCACCAUCGUGCUGCUCUUCCUCAUGCUCCUCUUCGUCAUCGUCUCCAUCGCGUUGUGUAAGUGGAAGAUGAACAAGGUCCUGGGCUUCACCAUGUUCCUGCUCUACUUCAUCUUCCUGGUGCUGAGCGUGAUGCUGGAGGACCGCGUCAUUAUCUGUCCUGUUUCUAUAUGAACCUUUGAUCGCGGGCCUCUCACAGGAAGCCGAACUCUUCCCUUCUGACCUGAAGCUGAAUUCUUAUGAAGAUGUGGAUUUGAUGGGCGCGGGUCCGGAUAUCCGUAACAACUUUGCAGAAAGCUUUUGUAGAUGCUCCACAUUGCUGCCAGGUCUCAUUUGUCAGCAGAAAAACACAUUACAAUAUGUUUUAGAAGUGUUUUGCAGUGAUGGCAGCUUCUACAUUAACUAUUAAAAAUGGAGACUUUUCAGUGUUAACACUAUCAACAGCAUUAGAUCAUAUAGAGAUUUUACAUGUUGUUGUUCAGGUUUCCACAAUAUAGAGUGAUGUUUCAUUACAGAAAAUCAAAGCUUCGCUUAACUUAUUAUUCCAUAGACAAAAUAAUAUAAAUAAUGUGGAAAAAUCUGCUUGGAAAAAGACAUUGUAAUAGAAUCAACAUGUUUAUUCAUAAAUGAAAGCAAACUAUACAGUACAUGUCGAUCCAGACGGGAUAAAUUUGAUUUCUUGUUUAUGUAAAAAUCAUACAAAUCAGUAUCUGUGUUACAAAUGAUAAAUAAUACUUCAUAAACAUUUAUACUGUAAACAACACGUAGACAUCAAAUGAUGUUUUGGUCAUCAGCAUUUUCUUUUUGUUUUUUUACUCACUGGUUACAACUUACAAGGUGUUAAAAUGGUCGAAAUGCAACUGUACAUGCUGUGAGUGGUGUUUCAUGAAAUCCAGCAUAUUAUCAUUAGUGGUGCAGUGCAGUAAUAGGCUGUGCAGCUGAAUCACACUAUAAACAGGAUGUAGGCAGGUGAGC